AUGGGCCGGGGGAGGGGCGGCUAUCAUCAUGGCGGCGAUCAGCGGCCGUACGGCAAGCCACCAGGCACCGACUACGAGAAGAAGGAGGAGCGGAAGGAGCAAAUCGUCGACUUCUUCCUCGUGCUCGAUCUCGAGGGUAAGCAAGAGAUCCUCGAAUUCCCUGUCGCCAUCGUUAACGUCAAGACCCUCGAGGUCGAGGACUUCUUCCACAGGUACGUUCGUCCGGUCACCUUCUCGGACGAGCAGCUGGCGCAGUACAUCAACGGCAAGUACGGCAAGUUCGGGCUGACCGAGAAGUGGUUCGAGAGCGCCAUGCCCUUCACCGAUGUGCUGGUCCAGUUCAACGACUGGCUCGGUCACCACGGCCUCCUCCACUCUAUCCUCAGGAGUGAGGACGGCGAGGAGACGGGAGAGGAGCGGCAAGCGGCCUACUCGUUCCUGUUCGUGACGUGCGGGAACUGGGACAUCAAGACGCAGAUCCCGCGCCAGUGCGCCAUCUCCAAGUUCGACAUGCCGGGCUACUUCCACGAGUGGGUCAACCUCAAGGACGUCUACCUCAACUUCUACAAGCACAAGGCCCUCGGCAUGAGGUCCAUGCUGUCCGGCCUCGGCAUCCAGCUCGAGGGCGACCACCACAGCGGCAAGGACGACGUCCACAACAUCUGCAAGAUUGUGAUGAGGAUGGUGAACGAUGGCGCGCUGGUCGAACCGACGGCCAAGAGGGCCAUCGAAACGGGCUAUGUAACCUACAAGUACCAGCACCGCGUGUAA